AUGAGCAACAAAUCAGAGACACAAAACCCUCAUAUAAUUGAUAGUGAUCAGGAGGAUGACUUGAUCGUUUUAGCUUAUGAAGAUGUUUCUGAAGGAAUUCAAGCUUGUACACGGAGCCUGUCUGGAAGAAUGUUCUCAGAUCGGAUCUUUUCCGUAGGUACCAUGGAAGGAGCUCUCUAUGCAACAUGGAAUAAACCAGAAGGAUUCAGAGUAGUCGAAAAAUCCAGGAACCAGUUUCAAUUUUUCUUUGAGAAUGACUCUGAUGUGACUCGAAUUGAGAGAGGUUCACCUUGGUUAUUCAAGAAUUUUGUCAUUCAUGUUCGCAAAUGGAAGCAGUCAAUAAACAUGGAGGAUAAUCACAUCUCUUCUUUUCCUGUAUGGGCAUAA